CUUUGCAAUCCGUCUCAGUUGCCUCGACUACAAUCAGAACGCUACAACGCCAAUUUCUUUGAUUAGCUCUCAACUGAUCUGCUAGCUGCCUCUGGAAUCUAGAUACUUACACUUGCUACGGUAACCAUGUUUAGCAAGUUUACCGCAGGCAGUCGCGCAGACAUCAAGUCAACCACACCGCUCAAAUCAUCCGCUCAACGCAAUCUCAAGUCUAAACUGGUUGAAGCGUACCCAAAGCUAGAACCCUUCAUUGACGACAUUAUCCCCAAGAAAUCUCAAAUGUCACUCAUCAAGUGCGAGGAACGCGUUUCCUUGUAUAGCAUUGAUGGCAAGGUUGUCUUUUAUCAACAUUUCGAUGAUGCGUUGUUGCCGAGCUUACGACUUGUGCAUCUAUACCCAGAGUGCUUUCCAAUGGUUCGUGUGGAUCGUGGAGCCAUCAAGUUUGUAUUAUCAGGCGCCAACAUCAUGGCACCAGGUAUGACUUCUGCAGGUGGCAUGUUACCGGAUGGUUUGGAAGCAGAACAAGCAGUGAUUGUCAUGGCAGAGGGGAAAGACCAUGCUGUUGCUGUAGGUGUGACAAAGAUGUCUGCAGCGGAGAUGAAGGAGAAGAAUAAGGGUAUUGGUAUCGAAACGGCUCACUUUCUGGGAGACUGGUUGUGGGCAUUGGAGGCAUAGCCAAGUCAUUUUUAUGCAUAGAAACGUAGGAAAGGCAAGCGUCUCAAGAUGUAGCUGAUUCAGGUGCCAUCCAAAAAAGUCGCGAACUCGACGCGUAGGGAAAUGCACUUGGCAACACGACAGCAC